AUGGAAUCUCUACUUGCAAUGAUCGUUGCUAAUUGCUAUAUGUUCUUCUAUAAACGUGAUAUCGUUCGACAAAUUGACAAUAGUGGUGGUCUUUAUUUACGUUAUAUUGAUGAUCUAUUUAUUAUUAUCAAUUGGCCUGUACGUCAUUUUAUGAAACAGAUUGAUCGAUGGAAUAAAUUUGAUGAGAAUAUUAAAUUAUCAGCUAAUAUUAGCUCAUAUGCUGAUUUUUUAGAUGUACAUAUCGAAAAUAAAGAUGAUCAGCUAUUUACUACAGUUUAUUAUAAGCCAUCUUAUGAGCCGUAUUAUUUACCAUUCAAUAGUAUUCAUCCUAUGCAUAUGAAAAAGAACAUACCAUUUACUAUGCUGCUCCGUGCAAUUAGAUAUUGUUCUAUAUUUCAAGCUUAUUUGGAUGAACGUGAGAAAUUACGAAUGCCUUUACUGUUAAAUAAAUACCCUAUCAAAUUUAUCGAUCAACAAUUUAAUUAUCUAUCACAAAAAUUUAAUAUUGAUCAACCAUUAACUGAAAAUAGUUAUAAUAAACUACGUCAAGAAAUUAUAAAUGCUCCAUUUAAAGAAAAAAUACCAAUCAACUACAAUAAAACAAUGUUUGUUCAUUCCACUUAUUGUUCUAAUAUGAAAACAUUUCUUCGAAAAUUCCAAGUACUUUGGAAUAAAUAUUUUGGAAAAUCUCCUAUUAAUGAGAUUAUCCCGAUUCUUGGUACUCGUAAUCUUGACAAUUUACAACGGCAAUUAGUUCAAACUCGUCAAACUUAA